AUGCCGGCGAUGUUGGAGAAGAACGGCAUCGAGAUAACUGGAAAGAGACGGGGCAGGAACGCCGUAAACAACCCGAACAAAAGUUAUCAGUCCAACGGAAACAGCGUCAACUCCUGGGAAGAGGGGAGUUCGGGCUCGAGCAGCGACGAGGAACACGGUGGCGGUGGGAUGCGAGUUGGACCGCAGUACCAAGCCAUGGUACCGGACUAUGACCCAGAUGUGGCGAAGACGGCCCAGGAGCGAGAGAACCUGGGCAUGCUAGUCUGGAUCCCCAGCAUCUCGCUGGCCGACACCAAAUUGGACGAAUACAUCGCCAUCGCCAAGGAGAGACACGGCUACAACAUGGAACAGGCGCUGGGGAUGCUGUUCUGGCACAAGCACAACGUGGAGAAGUCUCUGGCCGACCUGCCCAACUUCACCCCCUUCCCCGACGAGUGGACGGUGGAGGACAAGGUCCUGUUUGAGCAGGCCUUCAGCUUCCAUGGCAAGAGCUUCCACCGCAUCCAGCAGAUGCUGCCAGAUAAGUCAAUGGCCAGCCUGGUCAGGUUCUACUACUCUUGGAAGAAGAGCCGCAGUAAGACAAGCCUGAUGGACCGCCACGCCCGCAAGCACAGGAGAGAGAGAGACAGGUACGCUCUAGUAACCAUGGUUACCGCCACGCCCGCAAGCAGAAGAGAGAGAGACAGUGAGGAUGAGGUGGAGGAGGGGAACGUGAACGCUCCAAGUGACACAGAAUUCCAAGACCCGACCAAGGAGGUGGGGUCGGCGGUGCCUGAGAGCUCCCAGGUGGCUCCGUCCAGCGAGCAGAAGCCGGCCCCCGUGGAUAAGCCCGUCCACGUGAAGAGGGAGGGGCCCGGCCUCUCCGGGAAGACCCUGCAGAGGACCAAGAAGAAGCCGCCCAAAGGCAUGCACCUGACGCAGGGCGACGUGGCGGCCCUGUCCUGCAGCGCCCCCGCUGCCAAGGGGGUGAUACGGCAGCUGGACUCGGAGCUGGUCACCAUCAAGCGACAAAUCCAGACCAUCAAACAGGCCAACGGCACGUUGAAGGACAAGCUGACCUCGGGGGUGGAGCAGUACAGAAUCCCUGAGGUGAACCAGAAGUUCAACACCCGCUGGACCACAGAGGAGCAGCUCCUUGCUGUCCAAGCCAUCAGGAAGUACGGCCGGGACUUCCAGGCCAUCUCGGACGUGAUCGGGAACAAGUCGGUGGUGCAGGUGAAGAACUUCUUCGUCAACUACCGGCGCCGCUUCAACCUGGACGAGGUGCUGCAGGAGUGGCAGGCGGAGCACGGCAUGGAGGGGGAGAGGAGAGGAGGCGCAGGGGAGGAGGAGAAGAUGGAGGUGUCUCCGUCUGCUGAGGAGGGAGGGGUCACGACCCCGGCCACGCCCGAGGAGCCGAAGGAGGAGGAGCCCGCGACGCCCCAGACCUCCUGAAAAACACACACGCAUACACAUACACACAUACACACACACACACACACACCGAUAUAACGAGGAUACCAUGGCAACUGAUGGCUGGGAGCUGGCAGCAGGAAGUGAAGAAGAACGCCUUGGAUUCCAGCCCUCGGUCACUGGUCCCAGUAGGAGCUGGUGGGAGGUCACUGGUUUUUAAAACUGUUCAGGGUUUAUGGAGCUGUCUCCACUUUAAAACUCUUGUCGUGUAGAUUGGAGGUAUGCUGUAAGUAAUGAUUAUUCCUGUUAAACGCUCUAUGGGAACAAUCGAUAGGCUUUGACCCUUUUAAGGCUCUUUUAAAUCAUGAACUCACGAUUAUUCUUUCUUUUUGUCUCUUCCUACAUAAACUGUUAUUAUUCUGA